UUCAUUUUCAUUCCAUAUUGUCAUCUCGCAUGUGUGAGACAGCUGUCAAAGCGUUUGUUGCGUAAAUAAAUUAUUUAUUCUGGCUGCGAACAGAAUACCAAAUAAUGGCUACUUUGGCGAGAUUAUUUCAACGAUUAUCGGUUUCGUCUUGGCCCAAAGACAUUCGCUACACAACUGUUCGCCCCAUAUCGCUGGAAAGUUUGGAAACAUUAUUGAACAAACCGAAACCGGGUGGAGGAAAGUCAUACCGGCGUAUCGUCCACUAUCCAGAGGAGUACACCAUUGAACCACUGCGCGUCACGAACCUAGCAGGUCGAGAUCCAGUAACGGGACGUCUGGUAGCUAAAGGUAUCGGUGGCGGUAUCAAGCACAAAUAUCACUGGAUCAAGUGGGUACGCGAUGGACCAAGUGAAGGACCACCACAGAUAGAGAAAGUUAUCGAUGUCUUUGAUGAUGGUUGCCGUACGGCAAAGGUGGCACUAGUUGCAGUGGGAAAUGAGAUGAAAUAUAUCCUCGCAACAGAAAAUAUGAAGGCGGGGGAUUUAUUGAAAACUUCACGCUUCAUCCCUCGAAUACCCGUUCGCGCCAACGAAGGUGAUGCCUAUCCAUUAGGUGCUCUACAAGUAGGCACCCUAGUUCAUUGUCUGGAGAAGUAUCCGGGACAAUAUUGUCAUCUGAUUCAUUCAGCCGGCUCGUAUGGAACAAUUCUGCGUAAAUUCGGCGAACUGGUCGUUGUUCAGCUGCCUUCGAAGCAAGAAUUUGCUUUCCAACAAACAUGUAUGGCUACGGUAGGACGCGUUUCCAACAUCGCGCACAGUAAAACACCGAUUGGAUCUGCCCAGAAAAAUCGAGAAUUGGGUAAUCGUCCGCGUUCUGGUCUAUGGCAACGUAAAGAUGGGCGCCACGGUCGAAAAGUGCGUCGUUUACCCCCGAUGCGGGUCAUUUCUCCUCCUGCUGCCAAGCCUGCGGAGCCCCUUAAAUUGACCUUAAAACUGUGAACAAUGUUUCUAUAGUACGUGUGAAAGCAUUAUCAAUUGAAAACAAACAUUAGCGUAAAACAA